AAUCAAUUGAUUUAGACGGAUAGUUAUUUGAGUAGUUACAGUAAUAUUUAGACAGGUGAAAGAAGAAUUGUACUAGAUUCGGACGUCAAAUAAGUACGUCUUUCACUCAAAUCCAAAAAUUUUUGAUAUUUUUAGACAAUUGAUUAUUUAAAUAAAUUUUAAAUUGAAAUAUUGCUAUUAAGAUUUUCUAAUUCAUGCUAAAUUACCUUUGACAGCAGGUAGGAGAAGUGUAGGCGAGUUCAUUUGCACUACUCGUAGAUAUAAUUGCAAGUGUCUAAAUAACGUGUUGCAUGUUGCAUUAUUGCACAAUUUUUUUUAAAUAUUUUAUCUAAGUUGAUUUAGAAUAGAAACGACCGAAGAUGGAAGUGUGGCCAGAAGUAGAAAAAGCAAAAGCCGAAAACCGGCACGAAUUGGUGUUGACAGGCAAGUUAAUUGCAUCGAGGAUUGAGAAAAAAGGUCUCGAUCGCAGUAUAUUCAACUUGAUCAAUUUGAAUUACCUAAAUCUCAGUGAAACGGGCAUAUCAGAAAUCCAUGAUAAUAUAGCAAACUUGAAGAACUUGCAAACUCUGAUGCUCUACUCCAACAAUUUUGAGCAUAUAAACGAUAACAUAUCCAAAUUGGGUAAACUGAAAGUAUUGGAUCUAUCCAGAAAUUCUUUGAAGUCGAUUCCAGACAGUUUUGCGAAGUUACCCCUGGUUACACUAAAUUUAAACGUAAAUCAACUGGAGACUUUCCCCCCUUUUACCGAAAACCAUAACCUAACAGUGCUUGACCUAUCCAACAAUAAGUUGAAAGCCUUUCCAGAAGUUUGUUCAGAUGGUUUAAUCAACCUAUCCGAAAUCAAAUUGCGUGGUAACGAGAUAGAAGAAAUUCCCAAUAAGAUAAACUCUCUAUCCAGUCUCAAAUUUUUCGAUAUCGGUGAUAAUAAAUUGAAAAGUAUUCCUGGAGAAUUGUCCGAUUGCCAAAAAUUGAAAGAUUUGAAUUUGAAAGGGAAUCCAAUCACAGAUAGGAGGCUGUCGAAAUUAAUAGAUCAAUGCAGGACUAAACAAGUUUUAGAUUAUAUUAAACAGCAUUGCAUCAAGACAAAUCCGAAAGAUACUACUAAAAGUAAAGGGAAAAACAGGAAAAAAACCAAAAGUACAGAUUCUGAUGAUGAAGAUGACGUACCUGCUGAAUACAAGUAUUGCAUUACUAUUAAAAAUCAUAACGAAGCAUUUAAAGUGAUAGUUAUGAAUGCAGUGAAAAAUGUUAGGGAACAUUUUAUUGCCUGCAUCGUGAAUGAUGUUUGUUUUACUGAGGAAACAUUCAAAAAAUUCAUCCAGCUGCAAAAUAAACUGCACGAUACUGUCUGCGAGAAACGAAAUACUGCUACGAUUGCUACACAUGAUUUUAAUAAAUUGCCUCCUGGUAAUAUAAUUUACACUACAUUACCACCUAAUAGUCUGAUUAUAACACCUCUAAACAGGUCUACAGAAAUGACUGGUGCAGAUUUAUUAACUAAGCUCCAAACUGAAGCCAACAAUCUGAGAAAAGAGAAGAAACGGAGCACUUACAGCGGUAUACACAAGUUUUUGUACCUUAUCGAAGGUAAACCACAAUAUCCUUGCGUGCUGAACUCCAAAAACGAAGUAAUAUCCUUCCCACCUCUAACUAAUUCAAAUAUUUCAAAGAUCGAAACCAAUACUACAAAUAUCUUCAUCGAAGUCACCAGUACAAUAUCUCAACAAAUAUGUAAAAAUAUUGUAAGCACGAUUUUGAAAGAAAUGCUGGUUCUCUUUGAGAAAGACCUCGUAGUCCAACAAGUCAAAAUCGUCGAUCAAAUGGAGCAAAUGAAGAUUUUGUAUCCUUGCAAAACUGAUCUCGUUUACGACAAAACCGCCUCAAUUCAGGUCAAAAAGGAAUAAUUUAAUUUUGUUACAUACGCAAAACUUUGUUAAUAAAUUAUUUCUGAA